GUCCCUAUACUUCAACUGGGUUUACAGACGAGAAAAAUUGUCGCUAUAUGGAGGAACUAAGUGUCCCGGCAUGCUGACUUCAAAUACAGAACACCUGAGUUAUGUUAAGGAACAGCUGAUUUGUUAUGAGUUAUUAAAUGUUAGAAGUUUCUUAAUCUAGCCAGUUAUUAUCUAGCCAAAUUUGAUAAUUGAAUCCGUGCUUUUGUAUUAAACGCCAUAAAUCAACUUACUUUCUACCUUUGUAAGAACUUAAAAAUGGUAGUAAAAACCGUCAAUAUUAGCUAAAAUUCUUGGGUGACCACAGCUAUACAUAUGUAAUUCGUAACCUACAAAAUGCUUUGUUUACUUUUGCGCCAAACGCGUAAUUUCCGUAAAUUAGUUUUUAAGCAAGUUUUAAAUUCACACGUUUAUACAGUCAGCAAUGCAUUGCACACAACAAGACUGCUACGACACGGCGAAUAUGAAUGGGAAGAUCCCAAGUCACCGGACGAAAUCGUCAACAUAACAUACGUUGACAAGGACGGCAAACGCACCAAGGUGCAGGGAAAGGUGGGCGACAACGUUCUCUAUCUGGCGCACCGGCACGGCAUUGAGAUGGAGGGCGCCUGUGAGGCGUCUCUAGCCUGCACAACGUGCCAUGUGUACGUGAAAAACGACUAUCUCGAAAAGCUGAACGAGGCAGACGAAAAGGAAGAUGACCUGCUGGACAUGGCGCCCUUUCUGCGAGAGAACUCCCGCCUCGGCUGUCAAAUAGUACUCGAAAAGAGCAUGGAGGGCAUGGAGCUAGAGCUGCCCAAGGCAACUCGUAAUUUCUACGUGGAUGGGCACAAGCCGAAACCACAUUAGUCGAACGUUGUUUAUUAUCGUUAUUGUAUGUCGAGAGAGUUAAAUAAAAGAGUAUUUUGAGUA